AUGGGGCAGAUUGCAAGUCUACCCCAUAGAGGAAGCGGCACGUAUGUCACAGAGCUGUAUGAAUGGUUCAGGAAAUUUAUGAACGAGUGUCCAAGCGGUCUGAUCACCCUACAUGAAUUCAGACGCCACUUCUGUGACGGGACGGUGGGCACUGAGUCAUCAGAAUACGCAGAGCAGAUAUUUCGCACCCUUGACAACAAUGGGGAUGGAGUUGUUGACUUCAGAGAAUACGUUACAGCCAUCAGCAUGCUGAUUGAAGGCUCGUCAGUGGAGAAACUGCGCUGGUCGUUCAAGCUCUAUGACAAGGACAAGGAUGGAGCCAUAACACGACGGGAAAUGCUCGAGAUCAUGCAGGCUGUAUAUAAAAUGAGCGUUGCCGCUUGCUUGACCAAACCCAAUCCCCUGACCGCAGAAGAAUGCACCAAUAGGAUAUUUGUGCGACUGGACAAAGACAACAACGCCAUUAUCAGUCUGGAUGAGUUCAUUGAGGGGGCCCUGGACGAUGAGUGGAUACGAGAGAUGCUGGAGUGUGACCCGAACACUGUAAAGGUGGAAAGGCCUGUCAAGGGUCAUGCAGUACUUUAG